AUGCAUCGCUUCCACCCAAUUCAAGGUAAUGGACCGAUGGUGAAGAAUUGUGCAAUGGAGGAGACGGCCAAGUCGUCUCUCGUGAUUACGAUGCCACCCCUCGAUGACUGGUCAGUUGAAGAGGAAGAAGACACAGGUAGGCGCAAAAUUGAGAUGCUCGGAUACACGCAUUGCAUAGGUGUGUGUAUGUUUGUAGGUGAUGGGAGACUGGGUGCGCGAGAAGGGAAGGUGGUGGAGGAAGGAACGGAGACGAGGGUGAAUUUGGGUGGGAGUAAGAGUGAGACCGUAAAGGUGAAGACAAACAAGAACCGGGAAGGAAAUAUGCAGGAUAAGGAUAAGGAGAAGAAAGAGAUAGAGGAGGAGGAGGAUAAGGAGGAAGAGGAGACGAAUGUGGUCGAGUUUGAGGGGAAGAAGGAUGGAGGUGAGAAAGAGAAUAAAAAUGGAGAGUGUUUGGUGGUGAAUGUGGACGUGAAGAAGGAGGUAGAGGUGGAGUUGGAGGCGAGGGCGGAGGCGAAGGUGGUGGAAAGAAGGACGAAGGUGAUGAAAAGAAGAGGACGAGAGUGGUUGAGGCGAAUUCAAGCUCGUGUAAAGAGCCGCCUUCGUCUACCACGAAUGCGUGCUUGUGUUUCAAAAACGACUGAAGCCUUAUGA